CGUUUAGUCCAUUAAUUUCCUGUAUAUUUUUUUUCUAUAUAUGUACUUUAUUUCUGAACUUUUGCUAGAUGAUGAAAUGAAAACUAUUAAUAAAGUAUAAUUGUUGGUUUUCUGUGCAGCGAGAUCAUGCACGCCAUGUGGAAGCCGGCCAAGUUCAAGUACAUCUACCUGCUGGCGACGCUGUACGUGUUCACGCUGACGCUGCCGUCGGCGUCGGCCAUGUACUGGGCGUUCGGCGACGAGCUUCUGAACCACUCGAACGCCUUCUCGCUGCUGCCCAAGAACUGGUGGCGCGACGCGGCGGUGAUCCUGAUGCUGAUCCACCAGUUCAUCACGUUCGGGUUCGCGUGCACGCCUCUCUACUUCGUGUGGGAGAAGGUGAUCGGGAUGCACGACACCAAGAGCAUCUUCAAGCGCGCGCUGGCGCGGCUCCCCAUCGUGGUGCCCAUCUGGUUCCUCGCCAUCAUCUUCCCUUUCUUCGGGCCCAUCAACUCCGCCGUCGGCGCUCUCCUCGUCAGCUUCACCGUCUACAUCAGCUUCGGGCCCAUCAACUCCGCCUCCGCGCGCAUGAAUGCUGCGGAGAAGCCACCGUUCUUCCUGCCGAGCUGGACGGGGAUGUUCGUGGUCAACGUGUUCAUCGUGGUGUGGGUGCUGGUGGUCGGCUUCGGGCUCGGCGGCUGGGCCAGCAUGGUCAACUUCAUCAGGCAGAUCGACACGUUCGGGCUCUUCGCCAAGCGCUACCAGUGCCCCAAGCCGCCCGUCCCGGCCGCGGCGGCGCCGUUGCCGCACCACUAGAUGCGCAGCGCCAUUGCCGCUGCUGGGCCGUUGAACUCUCAGCUGCUGAUGGGCCGACUUGGGCCGUGAUCAUCCAAUUCUUUGAUUUCAUGAGCC